CUAUUUAAAAACAUGUACGCACCAACUCCUCUCUUUAUAAAUCCACCCAUUUCAACCUCCACAUAAACUAAGAAACACCAUGAGGUUCAACUACCUUGUACAAGCAUUGCUAUAUACUUUGCUCUCUUCAUCUUCUUUGACAGCCACACAACCCUCAGAUCUAUCAAUCAACACCACCACAGUCCUUGACAUUGAAGGUCAUGAGCUCCAAUCCAGCACAAAGUACUACACAUUUCCAGUGGAAAGCCCUAACAGAGGUGGUGGACUCACACUUGCUUCCAAAGAUGGUACAUGCCCUUACUAUGUCAUGCAAGAAAGCUUUGAGUCCUCUAAUGGCCUCCCACUUAGGUUCUUGACAAUUGACAACAACAAAACAAAGUCCAUAACUUUGUCUACUGAUGUGAAUAUCGCAUUCUUCGCGGCAACAACUUGUGUGCAGUCGACGGUGUGGAGGGUUGGUGGUGUGAGUGAGGUUACGGGGAGGAGGUACGUGAGGAGCGGUGGAGUGGCGGGGCGGCCUGGCUGGGAGACGGUGAACAACUGGUUUAGGAUAGAGAAGGAUGGGAGUGGGAAUGGUUACAAGAUUGUUUUUUGCCCUAGUGUUUGUGGCUCAUGUAAGGUUGUUUGUGGGGAUGUGGCUGUGUUUUAUGAGGAUGGGAAGAGGUGGUUAGGUUUGAGUGAUGAACCACUUCUUGUAAUGUUCAAGAAGGUUUGACUAUAUUUGAUUAUGUUUUUGGUUUUUGGUUUUCUGAAAAAUAAAAAACAAAAUAAUUGUAUCA